UCGCACGCAGGAAGGCGCCUCCUGCCUGGACAGACCUCUCCUUCCUUCCCCGCGAGCACCGUCGCCGUCGUCGUCCAUCCCGAUGCAGCAGCGGCGCGGCCGGCCGUCCGGCACGGAUGGCUCCGACUUCUCCUACCGCAUGGUCGUCGACUCCCGGUACCAGAGGGUCGCCGACGGCAGAUCCCGCCUCGCCCGGCUCAUCCUCGUGCAGAUGCUGCACCAAGUCGCUGGGGGCGCGUCGCUGCUGCUGUCGCUGUCGAAGGGGGCGGAGAUAAACAAGUUCGCCGUGCUGUCCGUGGCCGCCGGGCUGCUGGCCAUUCUGUUGGGGGAAUUUGGGCGGAGGCGGACUGUGGCAGUGUUUCUUCGGUUGUACACAAGCUUGUCAUCAAUUGCUAUUGCAUUCUCUGUGACGUGCAUUAUUCGUUCAGACUUGUUCGUGAAGAUCAUGAAGCAAAACACAGCAGACAUCACAAGCUAUGAGAUGUUCGAUGUGGUCCGUGUUGCGCUUGGUGUCCUGCUCCAAUUGGUGGUCAUCGCAACAACAACCAGACUCCUGCAAAACAUGUCUCCUCCCAAGAGAACCUCAUGAAGGCCGUGCGUGACACUGUAGCUGCGCUCUACCAGUACAAAGGAACACCGUCUUGGGUCUUAUACUCAUGAAAUAGAAAUGCUAUAGACCUCUAAAGAAACGGCAAAUCUCCAUGAGUCCAUGUUGAUCAUGAGUUGCUUAUUUUUAGCCCCUCUUCUGUUCUCCGACUUGCCGGGAAUUUUUUUGUGGUGGCUGAAAGGCUAAUUGAAGAACUUCUAUGUC